AUGACAUUGGACACCCCACUUGAUUGCAAACACAAAAAACAGUAUGAAUUCAAUGUUAGAGAUGAAGUAGCUGAGAAGUGUAAAUUAGGACUCCAUGCCAUGAAUGGUGGAGAAGGACCUAACAGCUAUGCCCAAAACUCAACUUACCAGAGGGGAGUUGUCGAUGCUGCGAAAACAAUCAUGGAAGAAGAAAUCGCGAUGAAACUUGAUGUUAAACAUCAUUCCUCGACUCAUAAGAUGCCUUUCCGAAUUGCAGAUUUUGGCUGCUCCACAGGACAUAAUUCAUUUCCAGCAAUGCAAAUGAUCACUGAAGCUGUUGAGAAAAAAUUCCACACAGAAGGAUUAGCUUCCCGAGUCCCAGAUUUUCAAGUGUUCUUCAACGAUCAACUGGUGAAUGAUUUCAACACAAUAUUCCAUUCACUUCCACCCGAAAGGAAUUAUCACGCGGCAGGAGUGCCUGGUUCCUUUUACAGUCGCCUCUUGCCGAAUGCCUCCCUUGAUUUUGCAUAUUCAUCUUGUGCCCUUAACUGGCUUUCCAGAGCUCCUGCAGCAGUGGCAGAUCAUACAUCUUCUGCAUGGAAUGAAGGAAAAGUUCACUACACAGGAGCCAGGCAUGAAGUUUUCGAAGCCUACGCAAAUCAUUAUGCAAAUGACAUUCAGUCAUUCUUAGAAGCGAGGGCGCAAGAGCUAGUGAGCGGAGGGCUGAUGGCUCUUCUAGUGCCUGCAGUCCCUUCCUUUAAGAUUUCCAACACAUCCUACACUACUCCAACAGAGAUGGAUCUUAUAGGUUCUUGCCUCGUGGACAUGACAAAAAGGGGAAGGAUCAGUAAAGAGAAGAUAGAUUCAUUCAACUUUCCAUUGUAUUUCACCAUUCCACGAGAAUUGCAGGCAAUAAUAGAGAGAAACCCAAGUUUCAGCAUGGAGAGGAUGGAAAUACUCAACAACCAAGGAAAACUCACCUUGACCAGCGCCCAUGCACGUGCCACAUACCUCAGGGCUGUCUUUGAGGGUUUGCUGGUAAAUCAUUUCGGAGGUGAAAUCAUGGAUGAAUUAUUCGACCGAUACACGAAGAAACUUGCAGCUUCAUCACUUUUCCUUGACCCUAACAAUGAGAAGUCAAUCAUCAUAUUUGUCCUUCUCAAGCGCAAAGCUGAAUGAUUGUUGGUGGCUUGUUACAACUGAAACAAAAUCAGGCUCUAAAAAUGGCCUUUGAAUAACCUGCAUUAACUGGGUUAGUUUUUUUCCUUAUAAAAACAUAAUAUAUACAUAUAUAUAC